UAGUUGUUUUUUCCCCCUCAAACAUUGUCAUGAACGGCACCUUUACAAAAGCCUUAUGAGGAAUGGUUUUAGAUUCGCAUAAAGUUGAAAAUACAUGUGCUUCUUAUGUUUUUAGAGCCUCAACAUUCUUUUCUUCGUCUUCUUCUUCUUUUCUUCAUAAAGAAAGGAACCAUAAAAACUUUUUCUUUUGGUAUUCUGAUUGAAAGCAGAGAGAUUUAAUUGAAAAUGGCUUCCUGACUAACAUGGGUGCUUUGGUUUUUGAUGAAUGAGAGUGAAAUUAGCUCCUCCUCUCACACCCAGGUAAAUAUUAUCAUGCUUUUGUCGUUCUUCAUUUUCUUGUUUGUAAUUCAAUUUAUGGCUUUUUGAAAAAAGGAGGAUAAACAGAUGAAAAGGGUACAGAAACUUCAUGUUUCUGCUUUUUUUUUUGGGGUGGGUUUCUGGGAAUGUUUAUUUUUAUCGUUUAGAUUGGUUGGUAGAGCUGUUUUCUUAUAAUAUUAAUUGGACAGAGGUUGGUUUACGUUUUAAGAAAGAUGAAGGUGGAUCUUUGCUGUAAACAGGCAUAUAAUUUGGGACGCAGGAGACUGCUGAACCAGACAUUGGAGGAAGGAAUCAAGCUCCAAAGUCUUGAGGUGUUCAGAUGAAUAAUGGUUUCUGUGGAUGAACGAUGACCAAAAGAAAGUCUUUCAAUUCAUAAUUAAAGUUUGGCAAAGGAGAAUUUCGAUUUUGAUUACAAUGGAGGCACCAGCAACUGAGCAGCCAAGUGUUCCUGCUCGUAGGAAAAAGAUGACCAAACAGUUAACAGGAAAACGUGAUGAUACGCCUUUACAUUCAGCAGCAAGAGCUGGAAAUAUAACUGUGGUGACAGAAAUCCUGACAGGUACUGGGGAGGAUGAACUGAAGGAGUUGUUACCUAAACAGAACCAAUCUGGUGAAACUGCCCUUUAUGUUGCCGCCGAAUAUGGUUAUGUUGAUUUGGUUAAGGAGAUGAUUAACUAUUAUGAUCUUGUUGACGCUGGGAUCAAAGCUAGAAAUGGCUUUGAUGCAUUCCACAUUGCCGCUAAACAAGGAGAUUUGGAUAUAUUGAAAGUGCUACUGGCAGUCCAUCCAGAAUUGGCUAUGACUGUUGAUUUAUCCAACACCACAGCUUUGCACACGGCUGCAACACUAGGCCAUAAAGAGAUUGUGAAUUUUUUAUUGGAGGCAGGUAGUGGCUUGGCUACAAUAGCAAGGAGUAAUGGUAAAACAGCUUUACAUUCUGCAGCAAGAAAUGGGCAUGGAGAGGUUGUGAAGGCACUUUUGGCAAGUGAACCUGGGAUUGCACCAAGGACUGAUAAGAAAGGGCAGACUGCACUUCACAUGGCAGUAAAGGGACAGAAUCUUGAGGUGGUGGAGGAAUUGAUCAAGGUGAAUCCUUCAUUGAUGAUAAAAAUGGUUGAUUCCAAAGGAAACACACCCUUGCAUAUAGCUACCAGGAAGGGAAGAACUCAGAUUGUUAAGUUGCUUCUUGGAUACAAAGAAACUGACACAAAAGCUGUUAACAGAAGCGGUGAAACUGCUUUUGACACUGCUGAGAAAACUGGGCACCCUGCGAUUGCAACCAUGCUGCAGCAACAUGGGGUUCAAAGUGCCCGAACCAUGAAGCCUGCGACACCAAAUCCAGCCCGUGAGUUAAAACAAACUGUGAGUGAUAUAAAGCAUGAAGUGCACUAUCAACUAGAACACACCCGCCUAACUAGAAAGCGUGUGCAAGGCAUCGCCAAAAGACUCAACAAAAUGCACGCUGAAGGUCUUAACAAUGCAAUAAACUCCACCACUGUUGUUGCUGUCCUAAUUGCUACAGUUGCCUUCGCUGCCAUUUUCACUGUCCCUGGCCAAUAUGUCGAUGACCCGGAUGACAUUCCUCCUGGUCACUCCCUUGGUGAAGCAAAUAUAGCUCCAAAGCCCGCCUUUAUAAUUUUCUUCAUCUUUGAUUCCAUUGCCCUCUUCAUUUCUCUGGCUGUUGUGGUGGUUCAGACCUCAGUUGUAGUCAUUGAAAGCAAGGCAAAGAAGCAGAUGAUGGCAAUUAUCAACAAGCUAAUGUGGUUGGCUUGCGUGCUUGUUUCAGUGGCAUUCUUAGCCUUGUCAUUUAUUGUAGUUGGCAAAAAGGAAAGAUGGCUAGCAAUUGGAGUGACAAUUAUAGGAACAAGUAUAAUGGCCACAACACUAGGCACUAUGUGUUAUUGGGUGAUUAGGCAUCGGAUUGAGGCUUCAAACAUGAGAAGUAUACGAAGAUCAUCAUUGGGGAGCACGUCACGCUCCUUCUCUCUCUCUGCGAUGUCAGAUUCUGAAAUUCUAAACAAUGAGUUUAAGAAAAUGUAUGCCAUUUAAUAAGACUCACGCCUGAUCCUUUUUUCCCAGCAUCCAGCGUUACAGAUCUUUUGUCCUUUGAUAAGUUUAUUACGAGAUGUAAAUUUCAAGUUGAUCAGCUAUGGUUGAAUAUAAUUCUAAUCUCUAUAGCCACACUCAUAAAGGACGAAAGCAAAAUACUAGGAAUUUUAUAAGCAUUUUGCAGCAAAUGGGAAGAAUCUGACAACAUGGAGGCAAAUGUAGCCAAAUCAUGCCAGAGAAACUCGACUGUUAUAGCAUCAAUUGGAACUUGAUAUCAUAUUGGGUUUGGGGUUCCACGGAAUAAUGAAAAUGAACAAAACCGAACAUUUAUCACAAAGAUGGCAAAGAUCUGGAUGGACACUGACCUUGUAAUAGAAAUCACAAUAAAAAUAUGGACAAAUUUGAUGUUUGAAAAUUAUGGGAAGGUAGCUGAUGCCUUGGUUGAUUGAUGACUUGGGAUGGUCCAUUCGAAUGGAGAGUUCAAAGCAUGGGGAUACAUUUUGACAAUUCAAUCAAAUCAACACACAGAUAGAAGCGAAGGACAAGGCUUAAAAGAUCAUGCACGGAUUGCCUAUAUAGAGGAAUGCAGAAAUGGACAUGGCUGCUGUUUUGCUUUGCUUGAAAGCAUAAGCCUACAAUUUUGGGGUCAACUUCUGCCAAAAGUGCAUUUGGAAACAGGCUCUUUUCUAACCAUGCAUGUAUGUAUAACUCAAUCAUUAUGCAUCUGGCAUUCAUAAAACAUGUUGGAUUGAUAAAAUAUAUUUUAUAAAAAAUAGGAUUACAAAAUUUAAUAUAACAAAAGUUAAAUUACAAAAAUUCGAUUUUGAUUUUGUUUAGUUACAGAUAAACUAUGAAGGAAGAUGAUAAUAAGAAAACGCAUUUGGAUUUUUUAGGUAGUGGUGACUGUUUCUGGAAUGAAUUACAAAUUUUAAGGCUGUUUGGUUCCCAUGAAAAUGAUGAUAGAAAAUGCAUUUAAUUCCUUCCAGAUUGUUGUAUCAAUUUUUACAGAUGUUUGGUUCCAUGAAAACGAAGGAAAACUUGUUGGUUACGUGUUUAAUAUUAUGCUGUUGCUAUGGAAUGUAAAAUUUGAUUUGUUACAUGUGAGUUUUAUUUUGAAUUUUAUGAUUGUUAUGAUUUAGUGUUCUGCAAGAGCAACUGAGGCAUGAAAUAGCUUGGAAGGUGAAGAAAUUAGGGCGUAUUUCUUUGAUUGAUCUUGCGAUGCUACUGGGGUAGAUUUAUAUGAUAGAAAAGAGAUUAAUUUUAUAUCUGUUGUGUAUUAAAAUUUAUCUUGAGAUAUAAAUCUUCACAUUAUU